AUGACCACUUCCGAGGCGGUCUUAGCUCUGGUUAGAGCGUAUCGACCGAGAUUCACUUCCAAACAAGAUAGCGUUGCGUUUGCGAUCCAUGCGACGUUCCUGUCAUCUGGAUUUAGGUGCCUUGCUGUCGGCCCUGACGCCGCUGAGGUAGCUGCAGGGUCGAAGGAUGUAGAUUUAAACGCGGAUGCUGGAAUUGAAGGUUGGAACACAGUUCCAGGUGUUUAUAAUUUCGCCUAUGCUCACGAGAGCACAUCAGCCGAAGCAGCCAGCGUAGAGCAGACUAGUAUAGCAGGGAAAGUGGUGGUGGUUCAGUGCUUACCUGUUGCAGACGGGGGGCUUCUUAUGGUGGAUGCAACACCGAUGGUUGGAGCAGUUACAUCAGCGGCAGGAGGGGCUUCAUCUUCUGUCUCUCAUCUUGAAAUCAGGGUCUCUGAGCAUACGUCAGCAGACACCCCUUCGACGUCAACUGACUACAGUAAAAUCUUUACUAAUCUUCCGGCACUGGUAUCGUCCAUCUCAUCAGCCAUCAUCGAGCCCUUGACUUCCAGCAUCACCUCUGGCACUCCUGCUGGGACGGCUGCUGGUGCUGGUGCUGGUGCUGCUACGGCAGCACAGCCUACUUCCACAGGCACAGCAGGACAGGAAUCAGUGAGAAGCUCAGGGAGAGAGGGAGAGCGAGCAGGAGGGGUACAUUUUGAGGAACCUGAGCGUGGCUCGGUUGGUGGGGUGGGGGGAGGGGAAGGAAUUGUUUACCCUCCCAUUCCUGCAGGGCCACCGUAUGAUGACCUGCAUCCAGGAGGGGGAGCUGGGAUCAUGCCUUCAAGACCUGGGUUCGGUGGAGGAAGCAUGCUUGUAGGGCCUCAUGAUCCAAGGUGGGGCCCAACGUUUCCAGGAGGAGUUGGAGGAAUGGGACCCUUGCCUCCAGGAAUGCCACCAGGGGCCCGCUUUGAUCCGUUUGGUCCUCCAGGCAUCCCGGGCUUCGAGCCCGGCAGAUUCGGGGAAGAACGCCCAAGGCCUAGAAGUCCUCCUGGUGGAGGGGUUCAUCCUGACAUGCAACAUUUUCCAGGCUCAGAUGAUUUCCUCUAG